UUAAAGCAGCAUUUGAAAUUGUAGUUUCCGUUCCAGAACCUGCAGGAGAACGAGACUCCAUCCGCGGGGAUGAGGCAGGCCACGUCAGCGCAGGGUGCCAGCGAGGCCAAGGCGUUGAUCUCGCAGCGCUCCUUCAACCCUCGCGACGUCUUCAAGCAGAAGGAGACCGCUUUUGACCACAGCUACGGAGGCUCCGCCCACACAGCGGGGAAGCUCCGAAGCCCCUUUUUGUCCCAGCAAGGCUUUGACAGCCCUCAGCCUCUCCCUGGCUACCAAGCCGUUCAACCCUUGGCGCCCGCGUCUAUCUUGACACCUGAGGAGACUUCGCCUACCCGGAGUCCCUACCAGCCCUCUGACCUUGCCGCCAGUGGCCAAACUUCUGUCCCGGUCUCUUGGACUACAUCCUCCUCGCCUCGUCCCGACACAACCUCGAUUGACGACUUCCUUUCACGGCCGGCGGUGGCCGCUGCCUCCUUGCCCGUGAUGCCUGCCGGAGUGGCUGUGCCCACCCAGGCUGCAGCGGAGGAUGACGACUGGUCGGAUGAAUUUGACGAUGACCUGUACGAGGCGGUACCAGGCUUGGCGCCGAGCGGCCAGCGGAUGAAAUCGCUCGCAGACGCCAUGUUUCCUACAGAUCUGCAAGAAAAAGAGUACACGGUGCCUGCGCCCAUGGGCGGAGCUGUCCUUUUUGAGGACGCCGGCCAGGACACUAACACGGGCCAAGGCGACAAUGCCACCGCCAACGCAGAACAAAACAUCUGCGCCAAAGCCGUAUAUGACUACCAGGCCGCCGACGACACGGAGAUCACCUUCGAUCCUGAUGACAUCAUCACGGGCAUCGAGAUGGUGGACGAAGGCUGGUGGCGAGGUUAUGGCCCUGACGGCCAUUACGGCAUGUUUCCUGCCAAUUACGUUGAACUCAUGUAACUCCGUUUUGUGUUUGGCGUGCUGACGGGAGACGCGUCACGUGAUUCCAAAUAAAAGGAUUGUGGUACAUGUUGGUUGGGUCUGUGGCGUGUUGCUCAGAAGCACGAAUAAAGUACAAAUAUCUCUUGA